AUGCAGACAGGAAAGGAGUUGAACCAACGUUCAAAGCUACAUUUCUUUGAUCUCGCCAUUGAGAUCCGACUUAAAAUCUACAAUGAACUACUCAUUGCCUCGGAUUCUCAGCCUAUUGAAAUAAAAUCCUCAGAAACAAGUCCAUCGCAUUUGAUCCUAAGCAAAGAAUACCGUCUCUGUCCCAAAAUUCUACGAAUCAGCAAACAACUCCACUUGGAGGCAUCUUCAAUUCUCUACUCCAGCAACAAAUUUGUGUUAUGCCGUCUCCAAUCCUUCUAUAUACCAGGUUAUAAGAUCAUCACUGGGUUUCUAGCACAGAUCGGAGAGAGAAAUGCUCUUUCUCUUCGGCAUCUGGAUAUCUAUUUUCCACUGUUUCCGAAUUCGAUUUUUGGACCUGGUCAACCUUGGCCCGCUGGAAGAGAUACUGAAGUCAUCGAAUUAGUUAUUGAUAAAAUCAGAAAUCUUGUGACAUUCAAGAUAUCUCCAUGGGACAAUUUACGAUUUGGUGGUGGCAGUAUAAGGCUGGCAGUCAAUUCCUCGAGGAACUCCGGAAGCAUUGAUUCCUUUGAGUCUAUUGGUAUGGGUUUGAGCGCAUUCGAUGAGAGAUUCAAAGCCAUGCCAGCUUUGAAGGAGACCAUGGUAGAUUUUCAUGUGUCGAAUGCGUGGCCUGAUGAUUUAGUGGAUAGAUUUUUGAGGAAAAAGAUACACGGUAGUAGAUGGGUGUGUCAAGUUACCAGAGAAGAAAGUCUGUCUGAAUCGGAUACUGUUGGCUGUUACUUUGGAUUAUUCUCCUAG